CAAUACAAUUUUUUCUGAAAGUUGAUGGUAAAAUGAUUACUCCGAAUUAUUUAGCUAAAAUUCUUGUAGAAACUAUUACUGGUGGUGAAGUAAACUAUCCUAAAAUCAUAAAUAUCAAUAAAAGGGAUUUAGCAACAAAAGGAGAUUUAUCAUUCCAACUAAAACUUGAUUUUUGGAGAGGUUAUAUUGACAUUAAAUCAGAAGGAUUUAAACAUGCAAAGAAUAUAUUAGAAUAUUACAAAUAUUUGAAGCAUGAGUACUCCACGCACCAACACGAUUCAACAAAUAUUGAACAAAUUUUAGAAGUCUUUGAAAAUGAUAUCAACAAACAAUUAAAUUGUACAACGGGUAAAGAACACAACCAUGUUGUAAUGAAAAUUUCAAAUGACUUUGUACUAGUCAAUUACAACAGAUCAAAUGCUGCCUAUUUGGUUAUCAAAACUGCAAUUAAGAAGGGUUCUGAAUAUGGAAUGAAAAAUGAACCUAAGAAUAUAAUGCUGUCAGUAGAUUAUGAUUCUGAUAGUGAAAUGACAAAUCAACGUUUAAAAUUGCAAAAGCAAGUUUCUGAAAAUUUACUAAAAUGUCAAUCUUGUGAGUUACAGAAGAGGAAAAACAUAACUAACUAUAUAUUUACUGUGAAAUCAGAAGGUUACACAGAGGAAAACCAUAUUAAAUAUUUUUGUGGUGCUGUUUUAAAUUCUAAGAAAAAAAAAGAAAGAGACUUGAAAUUCUCUACUUAUUUGGAAAGAAAAAUUGAAAAAAUCAAAUAUUUCAAUGCUCAGAGAAUUUCCGAUGUAUAUAUUAAUAAAGACAAUUUCGAAAAAGCUAUUUUGAGGAUAGCUAAUGCUUCAAUCAACUAUGAAUUGUUGUCGACUAAACAUGAUAGCCCAGUGAUUAUAAAUCAAAGCAACAAUGUAGAUAGAUUUAUUAAAGAAGCUUCAUUUGUUCUGUACAAUAAUUCUAGAAUAAAUUCUAUAUUGGAUAAGUAUAGUAAAUUAGUAAAAGAUAAUCAAUUCUUCCAAAUCAAACCUAUAGAAAAAAUUAACUCAUUUGAAAAAACAAUGGAUGAUGAUUCUUGGUCACUUGUAUACAAUUACCUAAUGAAAUAUUCAGAUAUUUUAGAAAGUUUAGUCAUUACUAAGCCAAAACUUAAAGUAAAGAUUCACUUGUUAUGGUCAUUUAUAUCCAAUUUGUGUCAUGACUUCAGUAGGUAUUAUCAACGGAAUAGAAUCUUGUUGAGAGGAACUGAAUUCAACAACCAAAUGAUCGAUAUUAUGACUGAA